AUGACAGAUAGCAUCCCGAUAGAUGCUUGGCUAUCUGGUGCAUUAGCACUUGUUACGUGUGGCAGUGCUUUUGUAUUAUCACUACAGCGAACCUAUUUGCACAAAUCCCAGCAAUUGGAUCGUGCUCCACUUGUGUUUGAUAAGAAGAGAGAUGCCAGCGUGCCUGUGGCAGAUGACGAUGCUCGUUUUGUUCGAUUGACGUUUGGUACGUUAACUUUGGCCUUACUCUCUGCAUUGGAUUUCUAUCGCACUGUGAUCCAACAACAACAGUCAUCAGACUGGUGGAUGACUGCAUCUGCUUGUGCUCAAUUCGUUGCUUGGUUGUAUGCAUCUGUGCUGGUGCUUGUGGCCCAUCGUUAUCGAUUUCCUAGCGAAUGGGGCUGGAUUCUCAAUGUGCAUCUAUGUAUCUUCUACACCAUGAUCUGGUGCAUCGCUGUGUAUGAUGUCUACGACGCUUAUGUGAUCAAUCCUUCUGAUAACUGGAUCCACAUGCUGCCUCGACUUUUAGCAUUGAUUUUGGGAUCUGAUCUCGUCUUUACAACAGCCACAACACCUCGCGGCGCUCCUUUCUUGGAUGAAAACGGCAGAAAAGUAGCAGCUAUCGAUGUAGCUUCGAUCUACUCCUUCCUCUACUUCUCAUGGGUCACACCGUUGAUCAACUUGGCCUACAAGAACAAGAAACUGACAGACGAGGAUUUACCCACAUUGCCACCGCUUUACCGUGGCCAUAAUUUGUACUAUAUUUUUGGUGCUACUCGCAACAAGAGCUUGCUGAAGCGCAUCUACACUACCAACAAAAAGGCCAUCACCAUUCAAAUCGUGCUCGCUUUCACCACAUCACUGGUCUAUUACGUACCUGCCUAUUUCGUGAACCGUCUCUUGACAUUGAUCCAAGACAUGAAUGGUGUGGAAGACGAGGUGUCUAUCAGAAAGGGAUUUGUCAUUGUUGCUAGUCUGGGCGCUACCAUCCUGAUUUUGGGUAUCCUCGUUGGGCAAUUGUGGUAUUAUGCUUCAUCUUCGCUUCAAGUCAGAGUCAAGGCUAUGCUAAAUAUUGAAAUCUAUCGCAAGACAUUGCGUCGCCGUGAUUUGGCUGUUGAAUCUCCAAAGCUCGAUGAUGAAGAAGGUACUGAUAAAAAGAAGGGCGAUGAUGCGGUUUCCAACAAAAAGGACGAAUCCGAUGAAAAAGAGGAUGUAAGCUCCUCCACAGGCACCAUUGUCAAUUUGAUGAGUACCGACUCCAAUCGUAUCUCUGAAUUCAGUGUCUGGUGGUUUUCCAUCUUGGCUGCACCUACUGAAUUGGCUGUCGGCAUAUACUUUUUGUACCAAUUACUAGGCAAAUCGUGCUUCUUGGGCCUGUUGGUCAUGAUUGUUGUUCUACCCAUCAACCAUUACAAUGCCAAGACGUUUGCAAAGACGCAAGACAAGCUGAUGGAGGCUCGUGAUAAGCGUGUAUCUUUAAUGAAUGAAGUGCUACAGGGUAUCCGUCAAAUCAAGUUUUUCGCCUGGGAAAAGAGAUGGGAAAAGCGUGUCAUGGAGGCCAGAGAAGUUGAACUCCAUCAUUUGGGUGUUACUUAUCUGACUGAAGUCCUGUUCACCUUGCUGUGGCAAGGUUCCCCCAUCUUGGUCACUUUGCUUAGUUUCUAUUCUUUCUGUAAGCUGGAAGGAAACGAACUCACUGCUCCCAUUGCCUUCACUUCUAUCACUGUAUUCAACGAACUGAGAUUUGCCUUGAAUGUGUUGCCUGAAGUGUUUAUCGAAUGGCUGCAAGCUUUGAUCAGUAUUAGACGUAUUCAAACCUAUUUGGAUGAAGACGAGAUUGAGCCACCUUCCAACGAAGACGAAAUUGAUCCCUUGACUGGCCAGAUUCCUGAAAACAUCACCAUUGGUUUCAAGGACGCUACUGUUGGUUGGAGCAAGCAAAACUACACAGAUGAGGUGACGGAUGCAAGCGACAACAUUACUUCUGAAGCAAGCAGCACCAGCUUUAUCCUUAAGGAUUUGAACAUUGAGUUCCCUCCGAAUGAACUCAGUUUGAUCAGUGGUGCUACUGGUUCUGGCAAGACUCUGAUGAUGUUGGGUCUCUUGGGUGAAGCCAUUGUGCUCAAAGGCACGGUUCAUUGUCCUCGUCAAGCUAUAGUAGAUACUGUUUCUGAUGAAUUUGUCACCUCCAAGGAUAUUGAUCCCAAGGAUUGGCUAUUGCCUUAUGCCCUUGCCUAUGUCUCUCAGACUGCUUGGUUGCAAAAUGCUUCCAUUCGUGAUAACAUCUUGUUUGGUUUGCCCUACGUGGAAUCCAGAUACCGUGACACACUUACUGCUUGUGCUUUGGACAAGGACCUUGAGAUUUUGGAAGAUGGAGACCAAACUGAAAUUGGUGAAAAGGGCAUCACUUUGUCUGGCGGUCAAAAGGCGCGUGUCUCGCUUGCAAGAGCUGUGUAUUCCCGUGCUCAAAAUGUGCUGAUGGAUGAUGUCUUGAGUGCUGUGGAUGCUCAUACGGCUAAACAUCUGUAUGAAAAGUGCUUGUUGGGUCCAUUGAUGAAGGAACGUACGCGUGUCUUGAUUACUCAUCAUGUCAAACUCUGUGUCAAGGGCAGCGGUUACAUUGUUCACAUCGACGGAGGCCGUGCUAGCCUUGUGGGUACCCCUAACGAGUUGCGUCAAGGAGGUCAACUUGCUUCUAUCUUUGAGAGUGAAGAGGAGGAAGUAGCACAAGAAGAAAAUGCGGAGGAAGAAAAGGCCAUUGAAGAAACUUUACCUGCUGCUGCUGCUGCUGCUGCCAACAAGGACCAAAAGAAGCCUCGUGCACUUGUUGAAGAAGAAACGCGCGCUACUGGUAUGGUUAAAGUGAGACUUUACAAGCUCUAUGUCAGUAUGGUGGGCAGCCCCCUUUUCUGGUUCAUCAUGGUUGCCUUAGUGUUAGGUUCUCGUGGUUUAGACGUUACUGAGAACUGGUGGAUCAAGCAAUGGUCUCAAUCUUAUGAGACCAAGCACAACGAUAGCGCUUCUAGCGAUGACUACAUGUUCCAGCAACAAAGCAUCGUCUCGCAAUCCAAGCCCAUGUUUGCCUACCAGCCUGUGGUUGCAUCAGAAUCUGACAAUGAUUUCAUCACUAUCAAGGAUGCAAAAGACGAUCGCUUAAACUACUAUUUGGGUGUUUACUGUCUGAUCACGCUUACCAAUAUUGUUGUCGGCACCGCUCGUUUCGCUGUUCUCUACUGGGGUGUCCUCGGUGCCAACAAGGCGCUUUACGCUGAACUCUUGCAUCGCGUCUUUAGAGCCCCCCUUCGUUUCUUUGAUACAACACCUAUUGGCAGAAUCUUGAAUCGUUUCUCCAAGGAUUUCGAGACCAUUGAUUCCAACAUUCCCAACGACUUGCUCAAUUUUGUCAUCCAAUGGGUCAUCAUUCUUUCUAGUAUGAUCACUGUAUCAUCUGUAUUGCCCAUCUUUUUGGUGCCUAUGCUUGCUGUCGCUUUGGUCAAUGUCUACUUGGGUAUGAUGUUUGUCUCUGCUUCUCGUGAGCUGAAGCGUAUGGACUCUGUCUCUCGCUCCCCCUUGUUUAGUAACUUUACCGAAACCAUCAUUGGCGUGGCUACUAUCCGUGCUUUUGGUGCCACUCGUCAAUUCUUGCAAGACAUGCUAACUUAUAUUGAUACCAAUACACGCCCCUUUUACUAUCAAUGGUUGGUCAAUCGCUGGGUCUCUGUCAGAUUUGCCUUCUCGGGUGCUCUCAUCAACAUGAUUACCAGCAUUAUCAUCUUGCUGAGCGUAGACAGAAUGGACGCUUCUCUGGCUGGUUUCUGUCUUAGCUUUGUCCUCUUGUUCACUGAUCAAAUGUUCUGGGGUAUCCGUCGUUAUACUAGCUUGGAAAUGAGCUUCAACGCUGUUGAGCGUGUCGUCGAGUUUAUGGAAAUGGAUCAAGAAGCUCCUGCCAUCACUGAACUGAGACCUCCUCAAGAAUGGCCUACUAGAGGUAGAAUUGACGUCAAGGAUCUUGAAAUCAAGUAUGCUGCUGAUCUGGACCCUGUUCUCAAGGGCAUCUCAUUCUCUGUUAAGCCCCAAGAAAAAAUUGGCGUUGUGGGUAGAACUGGCAGUGGCAAAUCUACGCUUGCACUCUCCUUCUUUAGAUUCGUUGAGGCCUCCCAAGGCUCCAUUGUCAUUGACAACAUUGAUAUCAAGGAUUUGGGUACUGAAGAUUUGCGUUCCAAUUUGACUAUCAUCCCUCAAGAUCCUACCUUGUUCUCUGGCUCGCUCAGAUCCAACAUGGAUCCCUUUGAUCAAUUCACUGACCAAGACAUCUUCACUGCUUUGCGUCGUGUGCAUUUGUUGCCUACUGAAGAAGGCGAUAACAAUGCAGAGACAAUCGCAUCUGACUCUACUCUGGAUGAGGUCAAUGCUAAUGUAUUCAAGGACUUGACUACCAAUGUCACUGAAGGCGGCAAGAACUUUUCUCAAGGUCAAAGACAAUUACUUUGUUUGGCUCGUGCUCUUCUCAAGCGUAGUCGCAUUGUGCUGAUGGACGAAGCGACUGCCAGCGUUGAUUUCGAAACUGACAAGGCCAUUCAAAAGACCAUUGCUACAGAGUUCGCUGACUCUACCAUCUUGUGUAUUGCCCAUCGUUUGCAUACUGUCAUUGAAUAUGAUCGUAUCUUGGUGCUGGAUCAAGGACAAAUUCUUGAAUUUGAUAGCCCCUUGACUCUGGUCACCAAUCCUGAAUCCUCCUUUUACAAAAUGUGUCGCAAUUCUGGUGAAUUUGAUAGUUUAGUCGCCUUGGCAAAGUCAAAGCAUGAAUUGGUAGACGUUUCCACAUCAUAA